UUUAUUUAUACCCAAAACGUUUAUUGGAGAAAUUUUGUUUAGACAAUUACAUUUUAGGCAAUUUUUACAGAGAUCUAGAAGUAAAAGACCAAGAUGCCGAGAAUUAUGAUAAAAGGAGGUGUUUGGCGUAACACGGAGGAUGAGAUUCUGAAAGCAGCUGUAAUGAAAUAUGGCAAAAAUCAGUGGGCCAGAAUUGCAUCAUUGCUACACAGAAAGUCAUCAAAACAAUGUAAAGCUAGAUGGUUUGAAUGGUUGGACCCAAGUAUCAAAAAGACAGAAUGGAGCAGAGAAGAAGAAGAAAAGUUACUACAUUUGGCCAAGUUAAUGCCUACACAAUGGAGAACUAUUGCUCCUAUUGUAGGUAGAACUGCAGCACAAUGUCUAGAACAUUAUGAGUAUUUACUAGAUAAAGCUCAAAAUAGAGAUGAAUCAGAAGACGAUCCAAGAAAAUUAAAACCAGGCGAAAUAGACCCGAACCCAGAAACAAAACCAGCCAAGCCAGAUCCAGUUGAUAUGGAUGAAGAUGAACUUGAGAUGUUAUCUGAAGCCAGAGCUAGGUUAGCAAACACACAAGGCAAGAAAGCCAAAAGAAAAGCAAGAGAAAAACAGUUAGAGGAAGCCAGGAGGUUAGCAGCAUUACAAAAGAGAAGAGAAUUACGAGCAGCAGGAAUAGAUAUUAAGAAACAUAAGAAGAAAAAGAGAGGAGUAGAUUACAAUGCAGAAAUUCCGUUUGAAAAGAAACCAGCCCCAGGUUUCCAUGACACAUCUGAAGAAGUUUUUAAGCCAAAAGAUAUUAACUUUAAAAGAUUAAGACAACAGAAUCUAGAUGGAGAAAGAAGAGAUGACGCUGAGGCUAGAGAAAGAAAGAAAGAUAAACUUAAACAGAAGAAAAGAAAGGAAAAUGAUUUACCUGGUGCAAUAGCCAGCCAAAGCAAUUUCCAAGAACCAGUGAAAAAGAGAAGUAAACUUGUAUUGCCAGCUCCGCAGAUCUCUGAUUUAGAAUUAGAAGAGGUUGUGAAAGUUGGUCAAGCUAGUGAAUAUGCCAGACAGCAGGCAGAGGAAACAGGUGCCCAAAAUGGUGCCAGCCAGGCGUUACUACAAGACUACAAUGUGACUCCAUCAUUAGGUAAUCUCAGGACACCAAGGACACCUGCUACACAGGAUAAUGUAUUACAGGAAGCACAAAAUAUUAUGGCCCUGCAAUUGGUUGACACCCCGUUGAAGGGAGGAUUAAAUACACCCCUCCAUCAGUCAGAUUUCAGUGGUAUAACUCCUCAACGUAACGCAGCACAGACACCAAACACAGUGUUAGGUACACCCAUGAGGACCCCAGGAAUGGAAAGUAGUGGAGCAUUGACACCACAUGGUAUGACCCCUAGAAUGGGUGUGGCAGGACAGACACCAUUGAGGACACCUGUGAGAGACAAACUAAAUAUUAACCCUGAUGAGGAUUAUGACAUGAAUGUUAAUGACAAAUUUUACCAGAGAGACCUCAAAGACCAGUUAAAGCAUGGUUUGGCCAGUCUACCUCGUCCUAAAAAUGAUUAUGAAAUAGUGGUUCCUGAAGACAUGGAACAGGAUAUACACGAACCAAUGCAAACAGACGACUACAUUGAGGAUCAGGCAGACAUUGAUGCUGCAUCAGAGGAGGAGAGAAGAGCUAUCAGACAAAAAGAAUUACGAAUGCGAUCUCAGUCAGUACAGAGAGACAUGCCUCGUCCCACAGACGUCAACAGCAAUAUACUGAGAGUGGCUGGUCCUGGCGAUCCUGCUCUUACUGAUCUACAGAAGGCUGAGGAAUUGAUCAAAAAAGAAAUGUUAACUAUGCUUCAUCACGAUGCAUUAUAUACACCAGGUUCUAAUCAGCUGGGUGUCGCACCAGGAAGUAAAAAACAAACACAAAAAGGGGUUCUAAAUCAGGCCCAGCAUGCAUCAUUUUUAGAGGAACAUCCAUAUGAAAAAGUCAAUGAAGCUGAUUUAGAAGAGGCUAAGCGGCUUCUACAGAUGGAAAUGGAUUAUGUAAAGAAAGGAAUGGGUCAUGGUGAUCUGUCUAUUGAUGCUUACUCCACUGUGUGGGAGGAAUGUUACAGCCAGGUUUUAUACUUACCUUCACAAAACAGAUACACCAGGGCCAAUCUGGCUAGCAAAAAAGACAGAAUAGAGUCUCAGGAAAAAAGAUUAGAGAAUAACAGAAAUUAUAUGACAAAAGAUGCUAAAAUGGCAGCAAAAAUGGAAAAGAAAUUAAAGAUAUUACUUGGAGGUUAUCAGUCACGGUCCCAAAGUUUAAUCAAGCAGAUCCAUGAUUUGUAUGAACAGAUAGAACAAACACAUGUAGAGUUACGGACCUUUGUAGAUCUUAGACAGCAUGAGAUUGGAGCCAUUCCCAAGAGAAAGGAGUCCCUGACAGAAGAUGUAAAUAGACAACAGGAGAGAGAGAAAGAAUUACAGAGGAAAUACAGUGAACUCCAAUAUAAACAAGACAUUAUCCAGUACAAUAAAUAAAAAAAAAUAUACUGACUCACUGUGUUACAAAAUUAUGAUAAAGAUAAACUUAUAAUUGCAGUUUUUAAUCAAUUUUCUCUGAAGGGAGUGCUUAUUUACACAUUAACAGAAACUUGAUAAAAGAAUACAAAAAUCUAAAAGUUGAAAAAUAUAAAGAAUUUGUUUGUCUAUCACUGUACUGGCUUAUUUCUCUCAUUUACUUAAAAUAUUUAUGUAUAAAAACAUUACUGUUAGGUCUAUUGCCAUCAGCUAUGUAUUAUACCUAGAAAAGUUAUGUAAUAUACCUAGAUAUCAACAUUUUUUUUCAAUUUUUGUGUUGUGGGUUGCUGUUUAACCUGACUUGACAGCUCAUUUAUUAUUAUAUUAAUGUUAAAUAAAUUAAGUUAAUAUCAAGAGAUAUCCAAUUCUCUCUUGUUAUUGAACCUUUGAUUUUUAUUUCUUGAUCAUACUGAUAACAUGUGAAAGAUAUGUGCAAAGUAAACUUUUGGCAUCAGGUUAAUGAAAAAUCAGGAAAUGUAAAGGCAACCUUAUAACCCUACUACCUUUUUUUUGUACAACAAAAUAGUUUUGAACUGAACUG